AGUAGGACCAAUGAGAAUGAAGAAUUUCUACUGCUCCAAACCAAAUAGCCGGGCCGUAGGAGGUGAGAAUAACCCGCCUCAGUAGCAUCGACAGCAGGCUCUACGUUUUUUCUAGACACCGGAGAAAGUAGCAGGAUGUCUGAGGAGAAACCAAAGGAAGGAGUGAAGACAGAGAACGACCACAUCAACCUGAAGGUGGCGGGUCAGGAUGGAUCAGUGGUCCAGUUUAAGAUCAAGAGGCACACUCCUCUCAGCAAACUCAUGAAGGCUUACUGCGAAAGACAGGGGCUUUCAAUUCGUCAGAUAAGGUUUAGGUUUGAUGGACAGCCGAUCAAUGAAACAGACACACCUGCACAGCUGGAGAUGGAAGAUGAGGACACUAUUGAUGUAUUUCAGCAGCAAACGGGAGGAGUCUACUGAAUGGUGUUGGUGUAAUGUCAGCUUAUGUUGUAUUGUUUAUUUCUACAAUUUUAAAUUUUGUUUCUUUUUAUCUUUCUGUGCUUGGCUUAAUGUCAGGCUAAUGUGUAUGGCACACAUUCUAGGGGCCGUCCUGACCCCGAAAAUGAUGCAGGGGAGCCCUUUUAAAAGUGUUUUAUUCUCUGAGAAACUAUUUAACAAUUGUCUGAAGCUCUGAAGUAUUGUGGGGGUGGGGGGAGGGGGGUAGAAUCCUAAGCUUCAUUGCCUUAUUCUGUGUUCCAAUUUAUCAGCAUUUAGAUAUAAAUCUGGCUCAAUUGUUUUGAUUGACAUACUGAUUUGGCUUGUGUGUGAAUCGGAGCCAGAUUCUGAUCUCUGGUAGCGUUUUUUUUUUCUUUUUUAGAUCCUGUUUAAGUAUCUACAGGAUGAAUUCUUGAUCAAAGAUGGGGUUAAAUAUCUGUAUUAUAUUUAAACAAAAUCUGAAGUUUGUUGAAUGGUUUGCUGGACCAAAAGUGUGUCUCUAAGAGUUGUAGAUCUAGAAGUUACUGUAGAUUGUUGGUUUGUUCGUCCUACAGGUGAGAAACCAUUUCCUUGAUUUAAAAUUGACUUCUUCAUAUCUACCAAAACCUUUUUAGAAUACGGAAAAACUCUUCACCAUUUUUGGUCCAUUACUGACAUCUGUAAGCGUAUAAAGUCAUGCAAACGGUCAUAAAUUUGUAGAUUUCAUCACAUUUUUUUUUUUUUUUAUAAUCUUCUCUGGUGUUCCAAAUGUAACUUUUAAGAUCUACCAGGGACAUUGACUUUUCUUCCUAAUUUGUACAUUAUUUGUUGUCCCUAUCUGUAAACAAUAAAUAUAGUUUGAUACCUCUUGAA